AUGGCUGCGGCCUGGUCGGUGGUGGUCUUGACCUGCCAGCACCGGGACAGCGCCUUCGCCUUCCAGAGAGAGCUGGAGAGCCGCCGAGACAGAGGCUCCCUGGGCCGAGAGACCAUCCUUCUCACCGUGGAAGACCCCAAAGCCCAGGUGGGCAGUGGAGGGGCCACCCUCAAUGCUCUCUUGGUUGCGGCAGAACACCUGAGUGCUCGGGCCGGUUAUACGGUGGUCACUGCUGACGUCUUGCAAGAGGCCAGGAUUCUUGUCUUGCACAUGGGCCGGGACUUUCUGUUUGAUGACUGCAGCCGCGCAUUUCUCUGCCUCCCCCUGGAAGACCCUGCAGCCCCCACCGAGGCACUCACCUGCCAUUUGGACAGGCUUCUGGCCACCUUGACAGAGCGGGUCUGCAAGGGUUCUCCCCCAGGCGUGUGGGUCUCCAGCACCGAUAUGUUUCUGACUGUCCCUGCCAUGCCGGAAAUCGACUGGCAGAGCUUCCAGGGGGUGAAAGUGGUUGCGGUGCCUGCCAGCGUCUCCUAUGCCAGGCAACAUGGCAUCUACUCUGUGGACUCUCAGGGGGUGGUGCAAGACAUUCUCUACCAGAGCUCAGAGGAGGAGAUCCAGCGGUGCCUGGGGCCUGAUGGGAAGGUCCCCCUAGUGUGUGGGGUCGUUUUCUUCUCCUCCAGAGCAGCAGAGCAGCUUCUGGCCACCCAUGUCAUCUCCCCACUCAAUGCCUGCACCUACAUGGGGCUGGACUCGGGCGCCCCGGCCCUCCAGCUGUCUCUCUUCUUCGACCUGCUCCUAUGCAUGGCCCAGGCAGUGACUGAGGAGGCCUUUGUAGCUGGACGCAGAACAGGGACGGGAGGAGGGAAUGCCCAGAGCUCCGGGACAGUUCGGAGUGCCCGGACUGUGCUGUGGAAGACUCUCCGCACGGUGCCACUCACAAUGGCCUACCUCCCUGAUGGCACCUAUAACUACAUGACCUCAUCUGCGAGUGACCACAUCUACCACCUCACCCCUCAUCUGGGUGAUGCCCACAGCAGUGGUUUCUGCAAGGUGGCCCAUUCCGAGGUGGAUGAGCCGCAUCUGCUGGAGGAAGGUUGCUCUGUCACCAACUGCCUGCUGGAGGGAGCCGUGGCUGUGGGGCCAGGCAGCGUCAUCCAGCACUGCAGCCUGGAGGGCCCCUUACACGUCCGUUCUGGCUGCCUCCUCACCGGGCUGGAUGUGGCCUCCUCCUCCGUGGCUCUCAGAAGCCACGUACUUGAGGAUGUGGUCAUUCAGGGACACGUGAUCCGGCUGAGACAGACGAGCUGCAAAGUAUUCACUCUGAGUGGACGUCAUGAUGACUGGCAGAGCACAGCGUCCGAAGAGAAUGGCACCUUCUUGAACUUGCCCUGGGCAGCCUUGUAUCACCGGACUGGAAUACGGAGCCAGGACCUGUGGAGCCCGGAUGUCCCACCGGACAAGCGCUGCCUGCUGAAUGCUCGUCUCUUCCCUGUGCUCUGCGUCUCUGAGCCCCUGGACCUCGGGGCCCUCUUGUGGCUCUUGGGCUCUCCAGAGACCCGGCAGCUGCAGUCCUGGAGGAGGGCCUGGCGCAUGUCCUGGAAGGAGAUGAGGGCCUGUCUGGACCAGGAGGCGGAACUGGCCUCCCGCAAGGCCAUCUUUUUCCUACAGGCCCAGCACAAAAUCCAGCGGGUCCUGACACAGCAAAGGAAUUGCAGCCUCCUGCCCCUGAUUCACUCGGCCGUCCUGGAUGGCUUUGGGGAGGCUCUGCUGGAUACCCUGGACCAGGUGGCUGCCACCGCUGGGGAUCUGGGGGUCGCUGCUCGGACACUGGCGUGCAUCGCGGAUCUCCUGGGCUGCAUGGCCAGAGGAGGGGGGGGCCUACGGAGUGGCCCCACAGCCAACCGUGCUUGGGCCGCUGCCUUCCAGCAACUGGAGAAGGGAGACAUCGCUCGGGGCAUAAAGGCCCUUGCCGUGGAGAGGAAGAAAUGGCUAAGCAGACCCAUCCUGCUGGUUCGUGCUGCCCGACACUACGAGGGGGCCGAGCAGAUCCUCAUCCGCCGGGCCAUCCUGCUCUCCUGCCGGUUCAUCGACCUCUGGCAGGUGGAGCUGCCUCCCCUGGGCUGCUGGGUGAGAGUGGAGUGCCCUGCACGGAUCGACCUCUCUGGGGGCUGGAGUGACACCCCUCCAAUCACGUAUGAACACGGGGGAGCAGUGGUGGACGCGGCUGUCCUGGUGGACGGCUGCAGGCCUAUCGGUGCCCAGGCACAACGCAUUGCCAAACCAGAAUUGCAACUGAUCAGCACCAGUGGAAGCCUUGAGGGAGAGGCGGUGGUGGAGUUGGUCUGUCGCGACCUGGAAGACCUGAGGGAUUACUGCCAGCCACAUAUGCCAGGAGCCUUGCUCAAAGCAGCCUUGGUCUGCACUCACAUUGUUAAUCUCCUGUCCCCCCAAACCUUGCGAGAACAGCUGCAAGAACGGACAAGCAGCAUCCUGGCAGGCGCAGUAAUAGCAUCGCUGUAUCGGGUAUCUGGGCGCUGCGCUAAUGUCGAGUCCCUCGUUCAUGCUGUGCUGCACUUGGAGCAGGUUUUGACCACAGGUGGCGGAUGGCAAGACCAGGUGGGUGGGCUGGUCCCAGGGCUGAAAAUUGGGCGCUCGAAGGCCCAGCUGCCCCUGAAGGUCGAAGUGGAAGAGAUCACCCCCCCAGAAGGCUUCCUCCACACCUUGAACCAGCACCUUCUCUUGCUGUACACGGGGAAGACCCGCCUUGCUCGCAACAUGCUCCAGGAUGUUCUCAGGAACUGGUACGCCAGGCUGCCCACCGUGGUAGAGACCACCAGUGCCCUGGUGAGCAAUGCGGAGGAAUGCGCCCAAGCCCUCAAACAAGGUGACCUGGCUCUGCUGGGCCAGUGUGUGAAUCGGUACUGGCUGCAGAAGAAGGCGAUGGCCCCUGGCUGCGAGCCUCUGGUGGUCCGGCAGAUCAUGGAGAUGCUCCAGCCCCAUGUCUAUGGGCAGAGCCUGGCCGGGGCUGGCGGUGGUGGCUUCCUCUGCCUGGUAACCAAAGAACCCAGGAACCAGGUGGCCUUGCAGGAGAUCCUGGCCGAAGCUGCGGUCCUUGGAAAUUUCAGCAUCCACACCGUGGAAGUGGACCCAGCAGGAUUCAAGGUGGAGCUUUUUGGGGGGGACGCACUUUAGAGGCGUGAAAGAACGGCUCCCCCCUCUGCUCCUCCUCCACC